AUGAAGUGGACUUUCUUGGUUUCUCUUCUGUCUGCGACAGCACAGGCUGCUGAACAUAUUGUCAACCAGACGACUUGCGCUGGGACGACAUAUAAAUACACCGGUCUUGCUGGCUAUGGAUUCAUUCCUUCGAAUGCUACCGAUAAAUAUGGUGAUACAAUCGGAGGAAUUGGCAGUUCAAUUGCCAUUGACCAAUCAUCCUGGCACAAGACAGGGCUGGAUACGAACACAAACGGCACCCUAAACUUCCAAUCACGCAUCCACAAAUUCACCAUAACCCUAAAACUAGCACCCAACGCAACCGCCAAACACCCAUCUCCCCCAAAUAUCAACCUAAAAUACCUCGACACGAUCCUCCUAACAGACCCAACCGGCGCCCCAACAACAGGCCUAGACGCCGACAUAACCGGACACGCAAGCUUCCCCGGCUUCCCCCCACUCCCAGCAUCAACCUACUCAGGCAACGGCUACGGCGGCUCUGGGCCGGGGGGCAAACGAGUAUCUAUCGACACAGAAGGUCUAGCCCUGGACACGCACGAUGGCGGGUUCUGGAUUUCAGAUGAGUACGGACCGUACAUCUACAAAUUCAACGCAGCGGGACGCAUGCAACGCGCCAUCCAGCCUCCGCAGGCAUACCUACCACGCCGAAACGGUACGGUCAGCUUCAAUGCUGAUUCGCCGCCGCUUUAUAACCCGGAUGCGGUGCCUGAGCCUGUGAAUACGGAGUCUGGGAGGAAUAAUAAUCAGGGACUUGAGGGGUUGACUGUUUCGGCUGAUGGGCGGAUGUUGUAUGCUCUUAUGCAGAGUGCGCUUGAUCAGGAGGGUGGGCCUGGGAAGAGUUCGAGGCGGCCGGCGAGGUUGCUUGUUUAUGAUAUUGGUGGGCAUGGGCGUGAGCCUGUGUUUGCGGGUGAGCAUGUGGUUUUGCUGCCUACGUAUUCGGAUUAUACGGAGAAGAAUCCUGCGAAGGCGGUUCGUGUUGCUGGGCAAUCUGAGAUUCAUCAGUUGCGGACUGGGGAUUUCUUGGUUUUGGCUAGGGAUUCCGGGUUUGGGAGGGGACAGGAGGAGACAAGGUCUGUUUAUCGACAUGCGGAUGUUUUCUCGUUGAAGGGCAGUCCGGUUGUUACUGAUUUGAAGGGGAAGAAGAACUAUGAUGAUGCGACAGGGGCGAUUGCUUCGUCUGAGGGUGUUUUGUUUGACGGGGUUGUUCCGGUUGAGUAUUGCUCGUUUUUGGAUUAUAAUGUGAAUUCGGAGCUGGGGAAAUUCCGUCUUCAUAAUGGUGGUCCUGUGGAUGAGUUCCUUCUUAAUGAGAAGUGGGAAAGCCUUUCGGUUGUGCCGGUGAAUUCUGUACAUUCUGGGGCUGGAGAGAAGGAGUACUUCUUGUUCAGUUUCAGUGACAAUGACUUCAUAACUCAGGAUGGACACAUGAACUUUGGAAAGUUCGAUUACAAGGACGAGUCGGGCUACGAUCUUGACACUCAAAUUCUGGCAUUCAAGUUGAAGUUUUAG